AGUCGAUCAGGACCAUCACAUCUGCUCUGCUCUCUGCACUCUUUGCUUCUCUCUCAUUCAUUCACACAUUCAUUCACUCUUUGGAUCUGAAUCAUGUCCAGUUGGCGUCUCCUGUCUGUUUAUCUGAGUGGAGCUUCACUGAUCCUGCUGCUGACUGCUGUAUCUGAGGCUCAGUUCUACGACUUCACUCCGACGCCAGACUACGAUGACUACAACGCCACCUUUGACUACAGUUUCUACAGUAAUGCCAGCAGUGAGGACCUGGAUAAGUUCAGCGCGCCAUUCAUUGACGAUGAGGAAGAGGAGGAUACGGGAGGUCAGCAGGAAGAAGAGGAAGUGACUGUUACUGCCGCAGCAACUGUGGCAACGACUGUGGCAAUGACUGCAGCAACAGCUCGAGGGACCACACCACAGGGCGAGGAUGACAGUAGCAAUGCAGCAUCACUUCCUGUUUCUCUGGAAAUGAGUACGCUCAUCUGGACUCUGCUGAUCCUGAUCGCACUGAAUGCACAGCAGCUACAACACACACUAUGAGAGUGCACUCACACACUCAGCUGGCGUCAGAACAGUCGGAUCCUGCAGUGUGGGUCACCUGAUGAGGUGGGAGGGGGUUGCAGUCACCGCUGUGACCUUUGACCUCCACGUAGGAGCCACAGCUUCCCUUGGCAUGGGUUUACAGGCUGACCUCAGCCAAUCACAGAGCUUUCACAGUUCACUGCAACGGCAGCAUCACCAAAUCUUCUUUUCCAUAUAAAACUUUAUCACAUUGUUCACUGCUUUAUUUAAACGUUCAGGACCAAACAGGAUCUUCCUUAUAUGGUCAGAUUUUAUAUCUGUAGAUAUGGAAGUUUAUAAAUGACAAAACUGUUGAGAGCAAAAUAAAAAUAAGCCAUGAUGAUGUCACACUGAAGCUAACC